AUGUGGAGACGAACCUAUUUGCUCUUAUUGCUCAUCCGUGUUUACUUCGCCCUGUCGCCAAGCUACCUCCACCCCGAUGAGCAUUUCCAGGGUCCAGAGGUCUUUGCAGGUCGCGUCCUAGCAUACCCCUCGCAGCUACCAUGGGAAUUCACCUCUUCCCUCCCCAUCCGCAGCGUCUUCCCGCUAUGGCCCAUUUACGAGGUGCCCAUGAGCCUACUGAAAUGGUUCUACACAGAGAUCGGGUCGGGAAGCCCGCCGCCACAGUUGGUCUAUUAUGCGCUGCGCGCGGGGAUGUUCCUGCUCAGCUUUGUACUGGAAGACUGGGCCAUCUAUGAGUUGGUACCUUCGCCGCGUCACCGGCGCGCGACGGUCGUGUUGGUUGCUUCAUCAUAUGUCACCUGGACAUAUCAGACGCACACCUUCUCCAACUCCCUCGAGACCCUGUUGGUAGCCUGGGGACUGGUUCUGAUUCGGCGCAUUGUCGAGAACAAGCAACGCUCCUCUUACUUCUCAUACGCCGUCUUCUCCUUCAUCGCCGUGGUCGGUGUCUUCAACCGUAUCACCUUCCCAGCUUUCCUCUUAUUCCCGGGUCUUCAAUUACUGCCAUACUUCCAGCGCAAACCCGCGUCACUAGCAGCAAUCAUCGGCUUCGGUCUCCUCUUCUCCUUGACAGCAAUCUACAUAGACACAAGCUUCUACCGACCCACCGCAUCCAUCCUCUCCAUCAUCCGCGACCCCAUAAUAACACCCCUAAACAACAUCCUCUACAACACCGACAAAAGCAACCUCGCACUCCAUGGCAUCCACCCCCACCACCAACACUUCCUCGCAAACUUAACCCAGCUCCUCGGCCCAGCAUACAUAGUCAUGAUCCUCUCCCUCUUCAGCCGACCAAUCAUCCCCUUCGCAAUGCGAAACGCCCGCGCCCUCUCGGCCAUCAGCGCAACAUUCAUCCUCUCAAUCUUCCCCCACCAAGAACCACGCUUCCUCCUGCCUUGCGUCCCCCUCCUCCUAAGCUGCGUACGCAUGCACCGCAACCGCCUCUUCCUCGCAACAUGGAUCAUCUUCAAUGCAGCCAUGGGCUUCUUAAUGGGUGUCUACCACCAAGGCGGAAUUGUCCCAGCCCAACUCGCCAUGCGCGAAAUAAUAACCACCAACACCGCCGCACAGGGCAUCAAAUCCGCGCCCGAAGCAAGCGUCUUCUGGUGGAAAACAUACUCUCCGCCGCACUGGCUUCUGGGCGCAGAAGAUCAUGCAAAUGGCCCCGCAGGCGCAGACGCAGCCCUCAACACAUCGUCAAUCUCCACAUUCGAUCUCAUGGGCAUCCCGGGGUCGGAGAUGAUAUCACGCCUCGACUCGUCCGUGCCAAGCUGUGGCUCUUUGUCCCCGGUUUAUCUGGUCGCGCCUGUAUCGGCAACGUUCCUUGACGCGUACAUCCCCGACUUGUCCGGGGCGGAAAGCGCGGAUCUCCAGCUCUACCGCCUGUGGUCGUAUCGCCAACACCUUAACCUUGACGAUAUGGAUUUCGCCGAGGACGGGGUUCGGGAGACGCUCGGCCGGGUUGUUGGGAGGAGGGGGUUGGGCGUUUGGUCUGUUCGGCGGAGGUGCAAAUAA